CCUUUCCACCAUACAUCAAAGUUAUUCUAUUCUGCUGCUAUACGUGGUCACAUUAGAACACCGUAUAUAUUGUUGAAAGAAGCAACUUCAUUAUAAAGUGUACAGCUCUCUCUAUUUUAUCUCUGUUUGCAUCUUACAGUGCUUGAGUACGUUUGACACAGACAAAUAAAGUAAAAAAACGCUUCACUUGUUAUAAUCAAAUACCUUAGUCAGUCCAAAUGCUAGUGUUGCCAUAAGUUUUUAAACUUUUAAUUGUUACUAGAAUACACUUAAUUUACAGCCUUGUAAAAGUCUUUUAAGUUGCACACCUGCACAAAAGUGUGCUUAUAGUACUGCUCCAUUGGUUGACAUAAAUUUUAAGCUGACACUUUAGUAUGAUAAUCUUAAUACAAUUGUGUAUAAUUUAGAUUAUUUCCAGUAAAAAACUUCAGAAAUCGGUGAAUUUGGAGAGCCAUCAAAGGGGUAAAUAAUGAAUGCCAGUCAGAGAAUUUUGAAACUGUAACUAAAAAGCAAUACACUGACGUUUUCAAGAACAAUAUUUUACCUGCAAAAUGAAGUCCUCACAUAAUGCGUACGUAGUUACGAAGUUUGACCGAAAUAGUACUUACUUUUCAGGACAAAAGUUGAUCUGGAAAAAUGUGAUCACAAUUUCAAUUUUCCACAUUCUCGCUAUCUACAGUUUCAUUACGUUUCCUUACCUGAGUUGUUGGAAAACAGCUGUAUGGGCUUGGGCUGUGGCUGUAUCUGCUUCCUUUGGUGUAGGAGCAGGCGCUCAUCGGUUAUGGACACAUCGCUCUUACAAAGCAAAAACUCCCUUAAAGAUAAUUCUGUUGCUUUGCUACAACUUAGCUGGGAUGAAUUCUAUUUUCAACUGGGUACGGGACCAUAGAGUACAUCAUAAAUAUUCUGAAACAGAUGCGGAUCCUCAUAAUAGCAAAAGGGGCUUUUUCUUUUCUCAUGUUGGCUGGCUCAUGUUACGCAAACAUCCUGAGGUACUAAAAAAGGGUCGUCAAAUUGAUAUGACUGAUAUUCUCAACGACUCUGUGGUUCAGUUUGGUGAAAAAUACUUUGUACUCCUAAAAAUACUCCUUUGCUUCAUUCUACCAACAAUUAUUCCCGUCUUCUUAUGGAAUGAAAAUUGGUACUAUGCACUAUUAUCACAACUAUUAAUGCGUUAUUCGUACGUGUUAAAUGCCACCUGGUGUGUCAACAGUGUCGCCCACAUGCUUGGAUGUAGACCUUACAAUAAAAUGAUUGCACCUACGGAGAACAUGCUCAUCUCGUUGGCAACUGGUGGCGAGGGCUGGCAUAACUACCAUCAUGUUUUUCCAUGGGAUUACAAAGCAGCAGAGCUCGGUCAUUUCACUGAUCUUAGUACUUACUUCAUCCAUUCUUUUGCCAAAAUUGGUUGGGCCUACGAUCUCAAGCAGACUUCACCUGAUCUCCUCAAGUCCAUCGUUGCAAGAAGAAGUAAUAGCACUAAGUUUGAAGUGCCUCCACCAGAAGAGAAAACGCAAACUAUCCAGCGAUAAUUUCUUCCUUCAUUGUCUUUAUUUUUAUAUUAAUAUUUAUAGAAAAAGAUACAUAAAUACACUCAGUUUAUAUUUUGGAUAUCUAACUGUAUAAUACUUAUUAUUUAAUGUAUUAUUAAACUUUUUUUUCCGUUUAAUUUCUGUCAGUAUA